ACCGGUAUGCACGCCGAAACGUCACCAUAUUUCAGCAUUCAGUCCGGUGUGCUCCGCUUCCUCUUGACACGAGUGCGCCCGUCCGACGCGUCGUCUCGCACCACCAUCACCAUCCACCCCCGCGAGAUCCAUCCCUUGAGAUUCCAUGGAUACGGUAGUGCGACAGGUACUGUUCGCCUUGAUAGCGAGCAUCAGCCUCGUGCACUGUGAGCCACCCCUCAGCAAUCAAUAUGGAGUUCCAGGCAAUUUCGCAGGUGGAAGUCAUCACGGUGGAGCGCAGGGUGGCGGGAACGGAUUCGGGGGCCAUUAUGAUGGGCACGAUAAUCAGGAUUACAUAGAUAAUGAGCCUAAAGCCUACGAGUUCGGCUACUCUGUCAAGGACCAAGCUACCGGCAACGACUUUGGCAGGCAAGAAUCGAGCGACGGUGAGACCGUGCGCGGUGAAUACAGGGUGCAGCUACCGGACGGUAGGACGCAGAUCGUCACUUACACCGCGGACUGGAGGACCGGUUUCCACGCCGACGUUAGAUACGAGGGCACCGCGACUUAUCCGGAUCAGUACAAUCAGCAAGGCGGCGGCUACAACAACGCCGGACAAGGUUUGGGCUAUCCGGGAAAUAACAUCGGUGGCGGCGGUGGCGGCGGCGGCGGCGGAAGUUACACCGGAGGUUACACCGGAGGUAAUCAAGGUGGCUACAACUACCAGUCGGGCGGUGGGCAUUACAACAACGGCAACAACUAUAAUAACUACCAGUUCGGCUCUAAUUCCAUAGACAGUUACAAUAAUUUCGGCUCAAGGAACACUUACUCAGGAACACCGUCUCCCACGUACGGUCCUGCCUUUCAUUAGAAUAUACAAAACAGUAUUAUAGAAUUACUGAUUCUGCAUGAGAAUACCCGCUGCCUUUUUAAAUAAAGAUACCUUUUCAUAAAAGUGUUAAUUAUAUGCAUUACCUCAACCUUUAUUUAAUCUUACACUUAAAUGUAUUCAACAUUAUUCAAGCUGAAAAACUGCGGUUAUCAUUGCAUCUUUCGUGUGGCAGUCGCAUUAACGUCCCGCGAGACGUUCAUUCGGCAACGAAAAAUCAUGGUUACAGGUAUACACGUGACCGAAACAUUGUGACAUCGACUAAUGAAAUCACACUUCCGUUAUAA